UCUCUCUCUCUCCACAUCUCUCUCUCUCUAGAAUAUUUUCUGUGGGCGGGUUCGCUUCGUGAAGUCCGCUUCCAUGUGGGUCUUCUACAAAUUUCUCCGUCGUUAGAGCUCCUCUGUUUCUAGGGUUGGAGUUUAUUGGAGUUGGGCUAUGGCGGCGAAGAAGCUGUACGAGUCGUUCUCGAAGAGUUUGAUCGACGAGGUGCAGAGAUGGGGUGGGAUGAAGCAGACGGGUGUGAGCCUGAGGUAUAUGAUGGAGUUUGGGUCCUCACCCACCGAGAGGAAUUUGCUGAUUGCGGCUCAGUUUCUUCACAGGGAGCUUCCGACGAGGAUUGCGAGGAAAACAAUUGAGCUUGAGAGCCUGCCUUAUGGUUUAUCAGAAAAGCCUGCUAUUUUGAAGGUGCGAGACUGGUAUUUGGAUUCUUUCCGUGACCUUAGAUCCAUUCCCGAGAUCAAGGAUACAAAUGAUGAAUUGGAAUUCACCAAAAUGAUUAAGAUGAUUAAGGUUAGACAUAACAAUGUUGUACCUAUGAUGGCUUUGGGAGUCCAGCAGUUAAAGAAAGGCCUGAAUGCGAAGAUUGAUUAUGAGUCUCUGGAUGAGAUUCAUCAGUUCCUAGAUCGCUUUUACAUGUCAAGAAUUGGUAUUCGCAUGCUUAUUGGGCAGCACGUGGCAUUGCACGAUCCCAAUCCCCUUCCAGACUGCGUAGGUUAUAUACAUACAAAAAUGUCCCCUGUAGAGGUAGCAAGAAAUGCCAGUGAAGAUGCCCGUUCCAUUUGUUUUCGAGAGUAUGGCAGCGCUCCUGAUAUUAAUAUAUAUGGGGAUCCUAAUUUUACAUUCCCGUAUGUUCCAACACACUUGCAUCUGAUGGUUUUUGAGUUGGUUAAGAACUCUUUGCGUGCUGUCCAAGAGAGGUUUGUGAACUCAGACAAAGUUGCUCCUCCUAUUCGAAUAAUAGUUGCUGAUGGAUUAGAGGAUGUUACAAUUAAGGUUUCUGAUGAAGGGGGUGGAAUAGCAAGAAGUGGUCUUCCAAAAAUUUUUACAUAUCUCUACAGUACUGCAAAAAACCCCCUGGAUGAGCUGCCAGAUGAUGAUGUAACAGCUAAUGUGGCAACAAUGGCUGGUUAUGGUUAUGGGCUUCCGAUAAGCCGUUUGUAUGCUCGGUAUUUUGGAGGGGAUCUGCAAAUUAUUUCGAUGGAAGGAUAUGGUACAGAUGCAUAUCUUCAUUUGUCACGUUUGGGAGAUUCACAAGAACCGCUGCCAUGAAAUUAGUCCAUGGCUAUGCGCUCAAACGUGCAUUCAAGUUAGUUUUACUAGCUGUGUGUACAUACUUUAACAUGAAGAAAUUUCAGCGUGUAAAUACUUUAGCAUGAAGAAAUUUCACCUCACUGUUAGAGGAACAAUUGUUGUCAAGUCCUCAUAGCCCCUAAAUUAGUGGCUUUUCUGUUUGUACUGUGUUCUACAUUAGCAGGUAUAAUUUUCUUGACAUAUUUCAUUUUUUUCUUUUC